CAGGAGGAGAGCUCCCGUCGUCUCGUGGCGGGCUGGGAACAGAGCAGAGUAGAGAGCAGCCAACACCUCCGGGCGGGAAGCCCAGGAACGAGCAGCGAGACGCUAGGCGUGCGGCCAGGCGCGGUGGGGCAGCGGGAGCGACCGGAGCAGGAACCUCAAGACCCUCGGCUGCAGCCACCCACGCGCGAAGGGAGCAGUACCGGAGCGCAGGCGGACCGGAGCCCGGCGGGGCGUGAGAACAGGGGCGCCCCCGUGCGGAGCGGCCGGGCCGCCCGGGCGCAGCGGCCGGGACCAUGCUCAAGCCCAAAGACCUGUGCCCCCGAGCGGGCACGCGCACUUUCCUGGAGGCCAUGCAAGCGGGCAAAGUGCACUUGGCGCGCUUUGUGCUGGACGCUCUGGACCGCAGUAUCAUCGACUGCCGCGCGGAGCAGGGCCGCACGCCGCUCAUGGUGGCCGUGGGACUGCCGGAUCCCGCGCUUCGUGCGCGCUUCGUGCGGCUGCUGCUCGAGCAGGGUGCGGCGGUGAACCUGCGGGACGAGCGCGGCCGCACCGCACUCAGCCUGGCCUGCGAGCGAGGCCACCUGGACGCCGUGCAGCUGCUGGGGGAGGGCCACGGCGGCGAGGCUGGCUCAGCGGGCAAGGGUUCGGGCCGGCACCGGGCGCAGGGCAACGAGCGGCCAGAGCUGGGUCGGAGCAUGAGCCUGGCUCUGGGUGCCGUGACCGAAGAAGAGGCGGUUCGCCUCAGGGCGGGGGCCCUGAUGGCCCGACCAAACUCGCCCCAGUCUUCGGGGACUGGGCGGUGGCGUUCACAGGAGGUGCUGGAGGGAGCGCCCCCAAGCUUAGUGCAAGCCCCCAUUGGCCUUAGCCCCCACCCGGAGGGCGGCCCGGGUUCCGGCCGCCUGGGUUUGCGCCGACGCUCCACAGCCCCAGACAUCCCCAGUCUGGUCGGAGAAGGGCCAGGAUCCGAGAGUGGCCCAGAGUCAGAGGCCAACGCUCUGCCUCUCUCGGUGCCUGAGCCAAAGUCUUGGCAGACGGGCACGGAGGCAGUGGUGCUGCACGCUCAGCGGUAAACAGCGCCGAGGCCCAGGCCUUGCUCCCCGUCCCAGCCCCAUCUUUGCCCCACUAUAUUUCUUCGUUUUUCCAGGUCCCAAGAAUUCUUGGCAGUCGGUACUGUCCCCUAUCUCAGAACCUGUCUCUGCUGCCAAAAUGUGACCUUUACCCAGAAAUAAGAAAGGGACCCCAUCUUUUUUGUUCUGCUUUGUAUUUCCUGCCUAGGUCUCAGUUUGCCUUUCCCUGGAAGGUAAAGCCUGGUUGUAUAGGCGAGAGCCUCCCAGACUGGAAGGUGGAUCCUCUCCUCCUCCUGUCCUAAGGCUCAGUUCUGAGUCUGCCCAGGUUCCGGCCAGGUUCCCCUGCCCUCGCUGGGUUCCCCAACACCUGAAAGCCAAGCAAAACAGAUCCGACCUUGGAGAACAAAAGCCCAGCCCACUCCCCCUCUGCUUAGCGAUGCUGAUGGUAGUGCCACAGAGCACCUAAGUCCCCCUCUCCCAAAGUGUGGGACAAAGGGAGCAUGGAGAGACCCCUGGAGGGUUGAUUUGGAAGAAUUCAUUUGGUGGGGUAGAAACUCCUGCCUCAAGAUAAUGAAAGCAUGUUUUGGGGAUGGCAGAGCCUCCAAAGUUGAAUACUAGUUGUUCUUUGAACCAGUUUCUGGGUAACCCCAGCUCCUUCUGCCUCUGCCCCAGGCAGACCCAGGAUUCAACUUGACAAUGUGGGGUGACUUCUCCAGGCAACCUCUUUGCAGCCCAGCUUGGGGCUCCUGAGCCAACAACCUGCUCGUCAGCUCAGAAUCAUUUGAAUUCUAUUCUUGAGGUUCAGCGCCUCACCCCUCUUGUCCAGCUUUAUUUCCACUCACUCACAGGCCUGAAAUGGAAAGGACUUAGCACUUCUCGCCCCCACCGCCUCCCCACUCCCUGUCCCGCACGUGGGUGCUCCCGCAGGGUGGAACGGUUGCGAAGGCAGUGCUUAAUUGUAUUUCUUCCAAUCCUCCCAGAACUCGUGUUUUAAGGCUUUGUGUAUGAAGCAGAAAGCAGCAGGUCUGAUCCAAGGCUUAAGAACCUGACAAUAUCUCUUUAAAUAGAAGCUCCGCGAGGGGGAUAAUUGACUGAAGUAUUUGCCACGUUAAACGGCGGCGCGCGGGAGUCGGGAGCCCACACAAGCCGCAGGUCCAGAUUUAAAUUACAUCAAACUCCGCCGAGAGCUGGAAGGGGCCUGUUAAACGGCUCCUGCUUCUCGCUGGGCCGUUAAUGGAGGGCAAGGCGGAUGAUGGACGCUAGAGGUCGAGACCAAGGACCCCUGCCUCUGCCCCACCGCGUGGGACGCAGGCCCGGCCCAUCUUUAUUACUGGGCAGAUUAGUGAGUCAGAGGCGACCGCGGAGAGGUGGUUAAAGGCCCUUUCCCGGCCGGUCCUUUGUCUCCUCCCUCCCCGCCCCCGUCCUCCUUGUCUUGGUAUGUGUCUGGCGAGAGGGCGGGGGUGAAGGGUUCGAGGGUCUGGCGGAUCGCGGAGCUAGGACCCGGAGGAAGCGCUAGCCCAAGUGUCAGCGCGCCCAGUCUGCGGAGGGGUGGCCGAUGGGGUUCCUGUGUACCCCGAGGGUCCCGCCUGCCUGCGAUGGGGUCUUUUCAAGACGUCUUUCUAUUCGUCUUUGCAGAAUGAAAGGUUUUUCACCAGUAGCUCCUAGGGAACUCCCCAGAGCAAGAAUGACCGGGCUGAGAAAUUGGGUCUGGGGGAGGAGGAGUGGAAGGUCACCAGCGGGCCGGGCGCAGGUGUCAGCCACUUCCCUAAUCCUUCCACGCCUCCCUCCCUCCCCCAAUCAGCGAGGCCGCGCCGGCCUUCACCCUGAAUACGAUCUCUGGUGCCCCCUGGUGGCAGCGCGGCGCUCUCCCCGCUGCGCGCCAGCUCAGCGCCCAGACUUGUCUUAUUUGGGCUCAUGGUGACUUCUCCCUCUAUGCAUUUACCCAUGGAACACUCGUCCUCUUGAAGAAUACUAAAUCCGGAUACUUGAAGUCACUUCACAGCAGUGAAGUGAGGGACACUGCACAAAAAUCUCGCUUUGGAAGUAGCAGGAGCCCAGACCCUUCAUGAAGGGACCCGGACUUAAUUCUCUAAAUUAAGGCUCCCUGCCCUGAGAGUUCCUGCGCUCUUCCAAAAAAAAACGAGCUGCCCAUCCUUCCCUUAGGAUGAUCUGAACCUUGGGACCUGGCGGUUAUGCACUGUUUCCUUCUGAUGAUUUUCGCUUUUGUUUUUGAGCUGUCCCCCACCCGCUUCCUGAGAAGCCUGAGGAAGAGGGUCUGGAGUGGGGUGCAAGCCCAUUGGACACCCCCGGUGCAAACUGCUUUUUUCUGAUCCUUGCUUGCUCCUUCCUUUUCCAACUGUGCUCAGUUUGCUGAAGUUUGUAAUGGUGUAAGAAUACAGGUGUUUGGGCUUACAGCGUGAGGGCCGGUGCGCAUGGUAUCAGAGGUGUUGGCAUCUCUCCAGGGCUGCUGACCCGUGGCUUUCUGGUUGAAUGUCACCUUGGGCCCUCUGUACUGAGUAAACAACCAGGAGGGCUCCUCUCUGUGGAGCUGCCCAGAGCUUGGUGGUUGAAAGUGAGAUUUCUAAACCAACAAUGGCAGAUCUUUCCUGUCUGAACCCGACUGUGAGUCUGCCUGCCUCGCCGUCCUCACAGGGCCUUCUCAGAGGCCCCUCUUCGCACUUCCACAGUUGGUUCACGUUUCGUUCCCCUGAACUUCCUCUCAUUGUCAGCCCCAGGGUGUUGAAGGCUGGGGUCCUCUUUAACUCUCUCCCCCUUGGAGGAAACUUUUCUAAGUACUUUGCUUUGCCAAUUCUUGUUGCUUUCGUCAUUGUGAAGAGGCUGCUGGAGCUGGGUAUGCUAAGUGCAAGCUCAGAACUGGUUUGUGAGGCUAAAGGACACACGCGCACCCUUUUGAAGUGAUCCUGCGUGGUGGAAGGACACAGAAUGCAAAACCAAUAGUUAAUAAACCCAG